AUGUCGACACCGCGUCUCACAUUCCUUUACCCAUUUCUGUUCGCCCCAGUGGGCAAAACACCCUUCGCACGUGAGGUGUCCAGGACUGGCCGGCAGGUCUUCCGCACCGCCUCCAAGAGGAGUCAGACGGCCACGAAACCCAUCCGCUAUGGCAAAGCAAACGAGCCGCCGCCUUAUCUAGCUGGAGCCAAAGGCAUUGCAGCUGUUCUUCCCGGUCAGGUCGCUCCUACCGAUGCCAAAGCCUUGCCGCAACCGACCAAGAAAGACAUCGAUACUGCAACAUCCAAGGAUAUUGAGUAUGGUCUAUCGCCGGGCGAGAAGCCUCUGCGUGCAUCACGCUUGCCGGAAUCGCCAAUCCGCAAGCAGAUCGAGGAAGAAGCCGCGAAACGGCCACGCCCACCUCAUAUUGACGCACCUGACUAUGUCCAUCACUUCGACACCUACGGCCUGGUGAAACGUCUCGAAGAGGGUGGCUGGAGCAAUGCCCAAGCAAUAACAAUCAUGAAAGCCACCCGCACAACCCUAUCCGAGAACAUCGAGUUAGCAAGGAACGCACUCGUCAGCAAGAGCAAUGUCGAAAACGAGGCCUAUCUGUUCCGCGCCGCAUGCAGCGAACUACACACAGAAAUCAUGACAAAACGACGCGCAGAAGCCGAAAGAGCAAGAACAGAACGCACACGCUUGGAGCACGAAGUCGACAUCCUCGGUCAACGCAUGUCCCAAGAUUCAGGAAACAUGAAAGACGAACUCAAAGGCAUGUUCGACGACCGCAAAAUGAGCGUUCAAAACGAACAACGCGACAUCGAACGCAAAAUCCAAGAACUAAACUAUCGCAUCACCGUCUUGCUGAAUUCAGACUCAAGAUCUGAUGUCGAAAACGUGCGUUGGAUAAUCACCAAACGCGCCGGAGUGGCAUUGCUAGCUUGCGUCCUCAUGAUCCUCGGAUCCAUAAAAUUCGCUUCUACGGCAGCGACUUGGCAAGAAGAGGAGAGAAAACGCGCGAAUGCUAUCAAUGCUUCUUCUGCCAAUAACAAUCCUUUUGGCGGUAUGAUGGGAGGUAAUUCACCAACCAACAGCAGCAGUGGGGCUGGUAAUAACGACUUUUUGAGUACGGGGACGAUGAAUGAUAGAGCUAGGGAAGAGUUGGGUCAGGGCGAGAUUCUUGUAAGGCAGGGUGAUAAUCCUGCAUUUGUUUCUUUGGGAUAG